UGCAAUCGCAUCGCCAACUGGACUUUCGCAAUAAGUUGUCAGUAUUGAAUCAUUAUUGAGCUGACUUGACCCUGCCGCCACAUACGGAUUCAGGACAAUGUUGAGUUGGUACUAUUCACUGCCGAGAUUAACCAGAUACUGGUUCACCACCACAGUGGUGGUCAGCUGCCUUGUCGGCCUAUUUGAUAUAGUGCCCAUCGAACGGAUGCAGCUAGACUGGAGCAUGUUAUUCUACCGUAAGGAGUGGUGGCGAUGCCUCACCUCAAUCGUGGCCUUCCCCAUCAACUCAGUCAAGUUUUUUCGAUUUCCCCUCUAUUGCCACUAUCUUGUGAGAUACAGUGCAAUGCUGGAGAAUCAGUUUGAAAAGAGUCCAGCGGCAUAUCUGUAUCUCCUCAUCAUUGUCGCUGUGCUAGCGAAUGUCGCAGGAAUCCUAUUGACAAUCACCAACCUAAUGAAAGUCUCAGUGAUGGCCGUGGUGUAUAUCGCCUGUCGUCUGCAACCAGACGUAAAUGUGAACUUGUUCGGAACGCAGUUUAAGUCCUUGCAUCUGCCAUUGUUGCUGGUCGUGCUUGAUUACUUCAUUUUUUAUUCCCUAGAAGCCCUUACUGGUAUUUGGAUUGGCGACUUGUACUAUAAUCUCAAGUUUCAGUAUCCCAAUCUGCUGGACACACCUCAUAUACUUAAAAGUUUCCUGCCUGAUGUCCCCCACUUUAGUGGUGCUGGUGAACCAUCAGGGAGCCGUGCGGCUGCCGAAUCGGACCCUGAACCCUUCCCUGAUUCUGAAAUGUUUGGAGAAGAUUUGCCAUCCAAUACACCUGAUGCACAUGAUGACUUAAGUGGUGUUGAUGAACCCUCAUCAGAGAGCGGGGCAGCUGCCGAAUCGAAUCCUGAACAGGGGAAUAACCCUGUGAAGCAACGAAGGCUUACAUCAAGGAAUCUCCAUUAAACGAUCAAAAAAAUUGAUCCGAAUAAUUGACUUAAAAACAUAACAUCAUACAUAACAUCAAACAUACAUAUAUCUUUUAUAUACUAACAUUAUUUUAUUAAAUAUCUAUAUAACAUCAAA